UUGUGAGGAGGGAACAGCUCUCGCUCUCUCGCUCUCAAUAUUCCGUUGUCGUGCCCAAGAACAGACGUUUCUGUUUCGCGGUUGUGUUCUCCGAUCUUGUCAUGCUGCGGUUUUCUUCGUAUUAGUCCCUUGGGAUUCAAGCUCGGGCUCGUAGUCCCCGUUGCUGACCAUGACUCUUCCGCUCGGGAAGCUAACCCUCCUCGUCGGUGCAGGUCUUGUCGGCUCAGUUAUUGCAAAAGAAGGUUUGCUGGAUGUUUCAAGUUUCAUCUCGGGUGCAUUCAAGAUUGUGUUAAGGCAACUAAAACAAGACGAACCAGCCAAACCGGCAAAGAAGCCUCACAGUGAUACCCUUUUGGCGCAGGUGAACAGUCUAAGGCAGGAAUUGCAAUUGUUGGCGUCAAACAGAUCUAUCACCAUUGUUUCUACGGGUGGAUCAGGUGGUAGAAAUUAUGGUGUAGUCAUUGUAAUUGCAGUGGUAGGCUAUGGAUAUGUGUGGUGGAAGGGAUGGAAACUUGCAGAUUUCAUGUUUGGAACAAGGCGGAGUUUAUCUGAUGCAUGUAAUAAUAUCGCCAAACAGCUUGAGGGUGUCUACUCCUCGAUUUCGGCUACAAAGCGGCAAUUAUCUUCGAGAAUCGACAGAGUGGACUCGAGUUUGGACGAAAUUGAGGGGAUUACUAAGGAAACAGGAAAAGAGGUGACUGAAUUACGUGAUGGUGCAGCUAGAAUUAACGACGAUGUUAGGUCCGUCCGUUACGUCGUUGAAACUCUGGAAAGUAAAAUCAACCGUAUCGAAGGAAAGCAGGAUAUCACACUUAAAGGAGUCGGGACACUGUACGUUCAGUAUCGGGAAAACAUGAGAACCCAAGAUUCCACUCAGGCUUUGCCAUUGAGUUCAUCCAGACCAGCUCUCGAGACUGCUUCUGUUUCUCUCGAGGAAUCUACUUCCCAUUCAUCUUCGACUUCUAAUGGAUCGUUCAAGUCACCCCGUCCGAUACAUCACGCUCAAUCCUUGUCUGGUCUGAAGGAUGUGAACGAAGGAUCUGGAACCAAUGGAACACAGCCCACAGAAGCCACGAGCAACGAGCCACCUUCUGCCACGAGUUCUGGCCUGUUCGGGUUAUUCUCUGCCCCGAGGAUCGUGAGGACGAGAAGUGCCAUCAACUCGGUGCCUUAUUCGAGCAGGCCCCAAUAAGAGCGUUGUGGUCGAGAUUCUUCAUACAUAAAUAAUAUCAUGGAUCAGAUGAAAAAAACCAGACAUGAAGUGGUCCUAGGUUUCCCUCUGUCUCUGCCUGGUCAUCUGGGUUUGUGUUGUUGGAGAAAAAACUCAAAAAGGAUGCAGAAUUUUUGUAGGGAAGUUUCGUAUAUCGAAUAGAGAAAUAUGUUAUUAUAUGAUUUUCGAGGUGAAAUUGAAACACGAGACGAGGAAUGACAAUAUUUUCUUGCACA